UUUAAUGAGCUGCAUUUCUCUACAAUACAGGCUUUAUGUUAAAUUGUAAUAUACUCGAAAGAGUCCAACAUCUGCAACCCGAUCCACCUUUUCCAGUGUACGGUUGUAGCUAACAUGGCGUCGUUAGUCGUAGAGGGCGCCGUACUUCUUGGAAGGCAAACUAAGAAUCAGCUUCCAAGGAUCCUGGGAGCUGUGUAUAUUAGUAAAAGAAAUGUGAGCAUUGAGCCUGCAUCGAUGAAAAGAGGUACUGGUGGCCGUUCUUCAUUCAGUGGAAUAGUUGCAACAGUCUUUGGUGCCUCUGGAUUCGUAGGACGAUACGUCUGCAACAGGCUUGGCAAAAUUGGAUCUCAGGUCAUCAUUCCAUACAGAGCAGACCCAUAUGAGGUGGAAAGACUCAGACUUGUGGGUGACUUGGGUCAGGUUCUCUUCUUUCCAUUCAACCUGAAAGAUGAGGAAUCAAUUGCCACAGCCAUGAAAUACUCAAAUGUUGUCGUCAACCUUAUUGGACGGGAAUGGGAAACCAAGAACUUUAACUUCACUGAUGUCCAUGUAGAAGGUGCACAACGUAUUGCUCGUAUAGCACGAGAAUCUGGUGUGGAGAAGCUUGUUCACUUCUCUUCUCUCAAUGCAAGUCCUACACCACAGCACAUCUACAGCAAGGCUGGAUCCAAAUUUCUUCGUUCAAAAUAUGAAGGGGAGUUGGCUGUGCGAGAGGAGUUUCCAGGUGCCAUCAUCUUCCGACCAGCAGACAUUUAUGGAAGUGAGGAUACCUUUCUGCGCUACUAUGCCAACUUCUGGAGGCGAGCACGUUCAACAUCAAUUCCUCUAUGGAAGAAAGGGGAAGCCACCAUCAAGCAGCCAGUCUUUGUGGGAGAUGUGGCAGAAGGUGUAAUUCAAGCAAUCAAGAAUCCAGAUGCUGUUGGCAAGACUUUUGAAAUUGUUGGGCCUGAGCAGUACUACUUAUCUGACCUAGUGGACUACUUCUACAGGGUUAUGCGCUUUCGAAAGAUGAAGAGAACUCGUAUUUCGCCACUUUUCCUGAUAAAAGCAUAUUUGAUGGGCCUGGCACCAGCAACACCUCUCUACUCUCUGCACAAGCUUGAGAAGGAAUUCGUUACAGAUGUGCUGACUGGCUGUCCCACUCUGGAAGACCUUGGUGUCAAACUAACUCGGAUUGAAGAUCGUGCUCCCUGGGAGUUGAAGCCAUACCGCCAGGGGGCCUACUAUGAGGAGUACCUUGGGGAGUUUGCAGACCCUGAACCCCCACCAACUGUUUCUGCCGUAUCAUAAGUGGUGUUGUCAGCUCCAUUAGAUAAGAAAAUAUUAUGGGCAAACAUUUCAGCAAAUUAUCUAGCCAGCUUUGAAGCCUCAGACUCUUUGUGUGUAGAAGCUUUUUUUUUUUAGAAGAUAUUUAAUAUUGUAAAAAAAAAGUAUUUGUGUGCCUAGCUGUAGGAAAGACUUUCAGCAAUGAAACCAUUAAAGAAUUUAUAGAGAAGUUAAAUGACAAGAAUGCACCAAACCUUGAUUUUCCUCUGUUUUAACUUGAACUCACUUGAAGUAUAAAUUUGUAAGUAACUUGAGCUGUUGCUGUUCCUGCUAAUUGAGGAAACAAAAAAUCUACCGUGCUAUAAA